AUGGCAUCUGAUCCUUUAUUUGGAUGGGACCUUACUUUUAAGACAGUGGAAAAAGAUGUCAAACAAAAAACCGAUGUAAUUGUAGCUUUUAUUCAUUGGAAUUUAAUAAAAAGAGGUUUCCGCAACGUUGGAAUUGGAGAUGAGAGAACACUUUCAGGGGAUGAAACAAAGAGUGAAUUAUUACCCUCAAAUUGGAAUGAUAAAGAAACUUAUGCAUUGCGCUAUAUAUUAGAUGAGAAAUUGUAUAUUUUGCAUGGGCUUAUUACUGAUGGAACCUUAAUAGUAAACCUUAUGAGGUCUGAAGAUCUGGCAGUAUCAAAUAUAGCAGUAAAAGUUGAAGAUACAGUUAAUGAAAUUAGUGGUUCUAUUGAGAAAUUGCUGCCAAAUUAUAAGGAUUUAAUGUAUAAUAUCAAGAGAGACUUAAUAGAUUCAAUCACUGACAGGCCAACAAAUAGUGCGCAGACACAAACUGCUGAAAGAAAUAAUCCCCAUAACAAUUACAGAGACGACCCACUGAGAGUACCACCUCGACCACGGCCUGAAAUCAAUCCUGAGAAUCCUAAUUUAUGGGAGCUACCUCCUCCGAAUCUUCGUAAUGUAGGACGUUCAGAUUUAGACCCAUUUGCGCCCCCUGGUGGUGGCAUGCUGUUUAACCCAUUCAAUCCAGGCAGAGAUAUUGAAAACCCAGGAUUGGGCGUUCCUGGUGGACUACCAAGAGGAGCAGUGCCACCCGGAGCGCGUUUUGAUCCUUUUGGCCCACCUGGUGUUGGUCCACUUCCAGGACGUCGUCCUCCACCCCCAGACGCUGAUCAUUUUCCACCCCCUGGAUUCAAUGACAACAUGUUUCUU